UCCAAAAGUGUCGCGGGGAGGGCGGAGAUCUGGUGCGCGGAGAACGAUCCUUGGAGGAGCGGUCUGCCUCUGUCCACGGUUCUGAAACGCAUUGGCCGUUAUUGGCCGACAUCCCAACUAGAAUCUAGACCCUGUUUCAAGCCACAAAGAGAUUCAGAUUUUGCACCAACUUUCUUUUGGAGAUUGUAGCCAAGAGUUUCAUUGCCCGGGAUCGCUGUUUGGAAGCGGAAGGAUUUCGCCGCCGAGUUCCAGCCAACUUUGUUCCAAAUGACCAUUUAAGGUGAGACAUGGAAGGCUCCAGUUUCGGGAUUGACUCGAUCUUAUCCCACAGGCCAGUUAGCCCGGUCCUGGCCAAAGGAGAUUCGUUGAUAGGCGACUGCAGAUCGCCACCAGAGAUGAAAGGCGCCCUGAGCCCAGUGUCGGACAUGGGCAGCGAGCGCGAUUCCCAGUCCUCGCCCGGGACCGAGUGCGGAGAGACGCCACCGCCGCUACCGGGCGCCGCUGGAGGACUGGAGUCGCGGCCGCACCCGGGGCAGCUGUGCCCCGUGCCCCAGGCGAGGACUGCCACUUCAUCCUUCCUCAUCAGAGACAUUCUGGGCGAGUGCAAACCUUUGGCGGCCUGCGCCCCGUAUUCCAGCAGCGGCCAAACUCCCCAGGAAACGACGCACAAACAGGGAGAGGAAUUCAGAGAGAAACUGGACAAAAGAGAGAAUUCUUCCUCGGACACGGAAUAUAAAGUCAAGGAGGAGGCGGAGAGAGAGAUUUCGAGCAGCCGAGAGAGCCCGCCUGUGCGUUUGAAGAAGCCGCGGAAAGCGCGCACCGCCUUCACAGACCACCAACUCGCCCAGCUGGAGAGGAGCUUCGAGCGGCAAAAGUAUCUGAGUGUCCAGGACAGGAUGGAACUGGCGGCUUCGCUGAACCUGACGGACACCCAGGUCAAAACCUGGUACCAGAACAGGAGGACGAAGUGGAAGAGGCAAACGGCGGUGGGGCUGGAACUCUUGGCCGAGGCCGGGAACUACUCAGCUUUGCAGCGCAUGUUCCCAUCACCUUAUUUCUACCACCCCAACGUGGUCUCUAACCUGGACCCGACUGCCAUGUACAUGUACCGGGGUCCCACCGCCCCGCACCCCGUCAUCCAGCGGCCCAUCGUCCCCCGAGUGCUCAUCCACGGACUGGCAGCGGGGGGCGAACAAUCUCCGUCCCUGCCCGGCCUCGCGGGCGUCCUUCCCCGGCCGCCGCAGCCUCGGUGAGGCGCUCCGGCCCCCGCUCGGACUUACGUGGAAGCGACAACUGAAAUCAAACUUAAAUUUAACAAAAAAGCUUCAGUAUUUAAAACAAUUUUUAAGAAAGAUUGUAUUCUACUGUAUUUAUGGUCCUUAUUUUCAAACUUUUUUGUGUAAAAAGUGAGAGGUUUUUAACUGUGAAACAUAGUCUUAAUUUAAAAAAAAAUGUUUUAAUUCAUCCUCGACAUCUAUAGUUUAUUAUUUUUCAUUUAAAAAUUUAUAGUUUUUUACAAAACGGAAAUCAACUUCAUGUAAUGAAAAGAGUAAUUGGUGACGUUGCACUAUUUAAAAUACUUUUUGUUGCUAUUAAGCAUUUAAAUUGUACAAUUUAUUUAUUUUAAACGUAAGUUAUGACGGUCGACAAGCGCUGUGUACUAUAGUGUAAAUAACGUGAGUGUAUUGUUUAUCGGUGGCACAUUUUGCAGUUACUUGUUGUAAUUUUUGAUUUUCUGUGGGGUGUAGAUUGAAGACGGAGAGAUGACUAGCCCCCCCCCCCCCCCCCCCCCCCCCCCCCCCCCCCCCCCCCCCCCCCCCC